AAACCCGGUAAGGUAUAAAGAAGUUACAGGGGGGCGUUUUCGGCUUCCAAUUAGGAAUAAUACUGGCUUCGUCGCAACUAUCGAGGAGGAGGAUUCUAAAACCACCUCACCCGUCCCAAAGCCCGCAUCCCCCUCCUUCCAUGUACCCUUCCCCCAAUUCAUGACCCAGAGAGAAAAGGGAGCCAGGGUUCUCUCUGCUCCUCUCUGCCGGUGGGAAGCGGAGAGGCCCGCGGAGUUGCUUAGUUCGACCACAGACAUGAGUACAAUUAAGAGGCGGGCACCUCCGCACCCUUUGCCGCCAGCGGGGACCGAAGUGGCCUGAAAGAGUCGCCCGGCUUUCCUGUUCUCCCCUCAGGGGCUCGGAACCGCCUCAAAUGCCGCGGGAUUGAAGAGCAAACGUCGGGGAUUAUUAUGUCGAUUUUCCAAGGACUGGGGUUCGAGGCACGGAGUAGAAGAAAAGGCUGACUCCUCAGGGAUCCUGCCGGCAUUUGAUACCGAGACUCCCAGGAUUGCCCAGAUUGCCCUGGAUCAGCAACUUUCCUAUAUCUGCAUCCCGUAUUUUCAAAGAAAAUAUUUUCUGUUUGCUGCGUUGGUCUUUUACCACCAAUACAUCGAGGCAAAGACUUCAGUCUUUUCAUUCAAAGUAUGCUUUAUAUUUUUGCCAAAUAUGAUCCCUAAUUGAAAGUUUAUUUUGGUUUUGGAUGAAUCUGUGGAGUUUAUGUUGUAAGAAGACAGGGGGAACGAGACACAAUGAAAGAGAAGUCCAAAAAUGCUGCCCGGACUAGGAGGGAGAAGGAAAACAGUGAAUUUUAUGAACUGGCUAAAUUACUGCCUUUGCCCUCAGCUAUCACCUCGCAGCUGGACAAAGCAUCCAUAAUCAGACUCACAACCAGCUAUCUCAAAAUGAGAGUAGUGUUCCCAGAAGGGCUCGGCGAGGCGUGGGGCCACACAAGUCGGACCAGCCCCCUGGACAACGUUGGCCGUGAACUGGGCUCACAUCUUCUCCAGACCCUGGAUGGUUUUAUCUUUGUGGUGGCCCCAGAUGGAAAAAUCAUGUAUAUCUCGGAGACAGCCUCAGUCCACCUGGGUCUUUCUCAGGUAGAACUGACCGGGAAUAGCAUUUACGAAUACAUCCACCCCGCGGACCACGACGAGAUGACAGCGGUUCUCACGGCCCAUCAGCCCUACCACUCCCACUUUGUCCAAGAGUACGAGAUCGAGCGCUCCUUCUUCCUGAGGAUGAAGUGCGUCUUGGCCAAGAGGAACGCGGGCCUCACCUGCGGCGGCUACAAGGUCAUUCAUUGCAGCGGCUACCUGAAGAUCCGUCAGUACAGCCUGGACAUGUCCCCCUUCGACGGCUGCUACCAGAAUGUGGGCCUGGUGGCCGUGGGCCACUCGCUGCCUCCCAGUGCCGUCACGGAGAUCAAGCUGCACAGCAACAUGUUCAUGUUCCGCGCCAGCCUGGACAUGAAGCUCAUCUUCCUGGACUCCAGAGUGGCCGAGCUGACAGGGUAUGAACCUCAGGACCUGAUUGAGAAGACCCUGUACCACCACGUGCACGGCUGCGACACCUUCCAUCUGCGCUGCGCCCACCACCUGCUGCUGGUGAAGGGACAGGUGACCACCAAGUACUACAGGUUCCUGGCGAAGCACGGCGGCUGGGUGUGGGUGCAGAGCUAUGCGACCAUCGUGCACAACAGUCGCUCGUCCAGGCCACACUGUAUCGUCAGCGUCAACUAUGUCCUUACGGAUACCGAGUACAAAGGGCUGCAACUUUCCCUGGAUCAGAUCUCAGCCUCCAAACCAACCUUCUCCUAUGCCAGUAGCUCCACGCCUACCAUGCCUGACAACAGGAAAGGGGCCAAGUCCAGACUCUCCAGUUCAAAAUCAAAAUCCAGGACUUCCCCAUACCCUCAGUAUUCAGGAUUUCACACGGAAAGAUCAGAAUCUGAUCACGACAGCCAGUGGGGCGGAAGUCCCCUGACAGACACGGCCUCUCCGCAGCUCCUGGACCCCGCAGACAGGCCCGGCUCUCAGCAUGACGCGUCCUGCGCCUACAGACAGUUCUCUGACCGCAGCGCGCUCUGCUAUGGCUUCGCGCUGGAUCACUCCAGGCUGGUGGAGGAGAGGCAUUUCCACACCCAGGCCUGCGAGGGGGGCCGCUGCGAGGCAGGCAGGUACUUCCUGGGAACGCCGCAGGCCGGGAGGGAGCCCUGGUGGGGCUCUCGCGCAGCCCUGCCCCUGACCAAGGCCUCCCCAGAAAGCCGAGAAGCCUAUGAGAACAGCAUGCCUCACAUCGCUUCCGUCCACAGGCUCCACGGGCGAGGUCAUUGGGAUGAAGAUAGUGUGGUCAGUUCUCCAGACCCCGGGUCUGCCAGCGAAUCAGGUGACCGGUAUCGCCCUGAGCAGUAUCAAAGUAGCCCACAUGAACCUAGCAAAAUUGAAACUCUGAUAAGAGCUACCCAGCAAAUGAUUAAAGAAGAAGAGAACAGAUUGCAGCUAAGGAAAGCCCCCCCAGACCAACUGGCUUCCAUUAAUGGAGCUGGAAAAAAACACUCCCUCUGUUUCGCAAACUACCAACAGCCCCCACCGACAGGUGAAGUCUGCCAUGGCUCCACUCUUGCCAGCACUUCACCAUGUGACCACAUCCAGCAGAGGGAGGGAAAGAUGCUGAGCCCUCAUGAAAAUGACUAUGACAACAGUCCCACUGCACUGUCUCGGAUAAGUAGUCCCAAUUCGGAUCGCAUUUCAAAAUCCAGUUUGAUCCUAGCUAAAGACUAUCUCCAUUCGGAUAUGUCUCCUCAUCAGACAGCAGGAGACCAUCCUGCCGUCUCUCCAAACUGCUUUGGCUCUCACCGGCAGUAUUUUGAUAAGCAUGCUUACACAUUAACUGGAUAUGCCUUGGAGCACUUAUAUGACAGUGAAACCAUUAGAAACUAUUCCUUGGGCUGUAAUGGCUCACACUUUGAUGUAACUUCCCAUCUAAGAAUGCAGCCAGACCCAGCACAAGGACACAAGGGAACAUCUGUUAUAAUAACCAAUGGAAGCUGAUGUUUUUCUAAAAUAUUUUAUUCUUUAAGGAUCUCUGAAACAUAUUUAUAGUUUAAUGCCCCAUGACCAGCAUUUACUAUGCUACACAUUGUUAGAGAGGAUAAAUUAAGUUACUGGUAUUUGACAUGUGUUCCUUUGAAAUCAACGAAAACAGCCCUAGCAUUCAAGGUUAUGCACAGAUAAGGGAGCUAAAGUGAAUACACAAAUUUCCCCUCUAAUUAUAUGGGAACAGAAUAGAUAAAUUUUGAAUUGAAAAAUACUUGUCUAGAUUAAGUGAGCAUGUUUACCACAUGAAAGGACCGAUGGAUGACAACAUCAUGCAGUGAUGAUCCAGCUGGCUGUGUACACACAGAGCGCUAUCUACAAACUGCAAUGUACACUUAUGUGCAGAAAUAUAGACUAUGUACCAUAAAUACACCCCAAAUGGGUAACUUCCCUUAACCUUAGAACAUUAAGACUAUCAAAGAAAUGUUUAUUCUCAAGCUAACUAAGAAAGAGAGAGAUACAUCUUGUAAACUGUUUUUUUUUUCUUUGUGCUUCUAACAAGCCAGCUCAUUUGGUUCAGGUAUAAAUUAGGGAAAUGGUUAUGGAUAUGGUAUAAGAAUGAGAUUUCACCUGGUAUCCAUUAUAAGCAAUCAGGAAGUGGUGAUUUUUUUACCUUACUUUUGAAUUAGACAAGGAACAGGAUCACAUUGACGUAUCAGUCAGGUGAAAGUGCUAAGACGUUGGGACACACAUCAAAAACCUGGAGUGCCCGAUUGGAAAUAGUUAGUGAAGCUGGAGAGGAAGAGGCAGAGAGAAAUGAAAUAAUAUUUCAAAAUGAACCAAUCAACAUAUUUGGGGCCCAUAAAACCAACCAAAAAAAUUUCAAACCAAUUCACCAAGAAAAAAGGCUAAGUGUGAAAACUAAGGAAAACCAGUAAAGUGCUACAUGAUAGCAGUUAAGUGUUUGAAAACAUUUCAAAGCACAGAUGUGCAAAUGUGACAACAUGUGGAAGGCUUCAGGAGAGAGUCUAAGAUAAAAGCUUAGGCUGAUAGACAAGGGAUUCAAAAGGGAAGAGCAGUACUUUGAAGGAACAGGCCAAGUUUUCAUUUGCCUUAUUGUUGUUUGUAAACAACAAAAAUAGUAAAUUUGGUCUUAAAUGAAAUUGUAGAAUGACCAGCAGACUAGAUGCCAAGAUCUCUGGGUUCUGGUUUUGACCCUACCUAUAAGUUAUUUUGGGAACAAAGAUGUAUCACUCACCAGUUUCUUCAUGUUAUGGCAGUUCUAACGUUCCACGGUUCUGUGUUCAGUGGUACAGCAGAACUGAACAUGUUAAUCAGGUAACUCUCUGCUGUGAGUUGUUGAGACUGAUCAUUCUGGCCUAUCUGUAUUCAUAUAGAGGUCUAGAUACUUUCUAACUUAAGCAGGUGCAUGGGCUCUUUUAAGCAUGUAUAGUUACAGACAACUUUCUAG